UGACCUGGGUGCCAGGAACUUUCCCAAGGUUAUAACGGGCACCUGGGCCGCCACGUUCUGGUUUCUGAGAAGUGAAAAAGAGGAAAAGGUUCUCGUCCCGAUCAAGUCAGCGCUUCCAGUGCAUCGUCAGUCAGCCAGGGGUGCCCUUUUCUCUAUCUUGUCGUUUUGGUGUUUCCUCUUUUGCGUGAGGAACGAACCUCCUCUGUUCUGACGCCGCUUUUCCCCUGCCUCUCCCUAGCAUCUUGCAGCGACUGCUUUUUUUUUUUUUUUUUUGCCUUGUUCGCUAGCAACAAGUCAGCAAAUAUUUACACAACGCUUUCCCCGAGUCCCAGACACAAAAACCAGGCGGUGGAGACGCUUGCGACGAGACAAGAGGAACACACACCACUCUUCAGGCCAACCAAGACACACCCGCUCCACCUCUUACCCAUCAUUUCUCCCUCACCUGUCAAAAGGAACGGCGGUGGUCUGGUAGAGGUCGGGAGGAAACAGAAGCUGCAGCAGCAGUGGCAUGCAAGCCACGGCAAGUUCGAGGCCGUCUUGCCUGUCCACCUACCAAGGAGGUACCUACCUAGCCUGGCAGCAGCAGCAGCCACUCCACCAUCAAGUGUAGAAAUCCCAUACCGCCACUGGCUGCACGGCCUGCCCGUCUGCCCACCACACGCACACCCACGUACCUCUGCCGUCUAGGCACUUUUCCCCGCAAGAACCUCGCUGUGCCACCCGUGUGUCUGCUUCGACAAAACGAGCCGCCUCCCGCCCCGUGCAGAAGCUGGCCAGAGAGACACGACGGAACUGUGCCUCAGCCCGCCCCGAGAGCACCAGGGAGAAAAGAGGACGUGACGGCGGGACUGACGAGUGGAUCGACAAGAAACCCACCUUUUUUUCUCGCCUUCCUUGCACCCAUCUUUCCGUCCCGAACCAGCCCACUCCAGAGCACCACUCCAGCCAGGGUUACCACAACGCUUCCAAGCCGGGCCUAGUGGAGGGCAAGAAAAAAAAUUAGGACUAUUGCAUGGCUGCGGAAGCGGAGGACGAAGAGGAGCUGACACCCAGUCUUGGUUGGGGUGCGGCUGCCGUGCCCAGUCUCCAUCUGCUGCCACCAAUACGGCCCUGGCCCCGUCACUUGCUGGCCCUGCCAUAUUGACCCCCUUUCCCCUUCUUUCUUUUACAUAAAAAUUACACUUGGGCUUCCUCCCUCCCAGCACCUCGCACCUGUCGCUGCCUUUUCUCUUAUCUCUGUCACUUACGGCACCGAAACACCAAGCCGACAAGACCUGGAGAUCAGAGCCCAGCCCAGCCAUCAAACCCGCCUCUCCGGAUUCCCUCCCACCAACCCCUGCGCGUCCCUGUCCGGUUUUUUUUUUGGGCCGAACGACGCCUUAUCUCUCGGAUCGCUCAAUUAACGUUGCCGUCACCCAAGCUGCCGGGAAACGGCCGUCACUUGAUUGGCGCCACCCGCAACCUCUUCGGCUUUUUAUCUUUGCGAGAUCUCGGGCCCCCUUUUUUUUCUGCCCCUUGCCCCAGCCGGCACUCAGCCCUAAGCCUGCUCCAAGGGGGAUCAUCCUUUGGUCUUGCAGCAGCUGCCGCCUGCCGCUGCUGUCGUGCAUUUCUGUGCACGGCAACUGCCCGCUGCGGAGCCACUGCCAUUUUUGUUUUGCUCGGUGCCCACCACACCGAAAAGCGGCCUCUACACUGACGCUUUCCCCGUCUACCACACCCACCGCCCGGUCCGAGAACUCGGCCAUCAGACGGCACCGUUGACUGCCACCACCUUGGGCCACACCCCCGGGGCUAACACUGGCUGACCCCUGACUGCACCGUCGUCAUUCCCGACGUGCAGCACAUACCACGCACAAGCCCCUAUCCCACACCAAGGAUUGCGCAUCACCACCCCUGUUUCUGGAUGUCGAUCCCCCGGCGAUUAAGUGGCAGGUAACUGGCACUUAUACCAACGUUAACUUCCUUUUCUGGCCCAACCGGCACUCUUUGGUACCUUUUGCAUAUUCUACGGCGUGACCUUGUCGCUGUCUUUUACAACCCCACACACACUAGACAGGAAGGCAUGGCAGACAAGAUGUCCAUCGACAAGAAGGACCCCGUCAAGGACGACAACAGCGAGGAGUCGCUCGGUUCCAGCCCUGAGGGAGAGCAGCAGCCGCAGCAGAACAGCAACAAUACUCAAGAGACGCAGGAAAACCAACAGCCUAAACGCAAGGGCGGCCGCAAGCCAAUAUAUGCUACCUCUGAAGAGAGAAAGCAGCGGAAUCGCCAGGCCCAGGCUGCCUUCCGCGAGCGCCGCACCGAGUAUAUCAAGCAGCUCGAGGAAGCCAUUCGCGUGCACGAGCAGAACCUUCACCAGCUGCAGUCUGCUCACCGGAAUGCCGCAGACGAGUGCUUGAUGCUGCGUUACAAGAACUCGCUUCUGGAGCGCAUCCUCCUCGAGAAAGGUAUCGAUGUCCAAGCCGAACUGCGAGCCAAGACCGGGAGCCCCAACCUGGGGCCGACGCACAUGCCCCAGAACCUUGUGCAGCCGCCACCCAUCUCGAGAUCCCUCCUGGGCCGCCAUCACACGCGCAGGUCAAAUUCAAGCAUCGCUCCCAAGCUCGAGCAGCCAGAUCUUUCCGCCACCACGGCGCUGCACCCGCCAUUAGGAGGCGCGUCGGCCAUGUCGCCCAAGAGCCGGCACGCAGCGUCCUCGCACUCGGCCUCUCCGACCACCACGGCCUCCGUCUUUGGUGGAUCACCUGCCGCCUCUGGUCCAGACCACGUUGCGCCGGGAGUCCGCCCCCCUCCGGUAGGGCUGAAGCAGCAGCCCCCAGCCCCCAUGGCCCACAUGAACGGCAUGCCCGCCACGGGGCCCCCAAGAACGAUGCAGCAGCAGAUGCAGGCCGCGGCCCAGCGCCACGCCAUGCAGAGGGCCGCAGCCGCAGGCGGAGCGCCCGGUGGCGUGGUCACCACCACGGCGGCGCCCUUCUACACGCCCGCGUUCCAGAGCCACAUUGAGCAACUAGGCAAGCUGACCCGCCCCAACAACAACCCCGCCCCCCCUCCAAUAGAACUCUGUAGUCCUAGAUUCAUUUCCGUCAGUACAGAACAGGAGUACGAUGCCGCGGCCGACAUGCUCGACGACGAGGCGCCCGACACGCCCUCGGGCCCCGGUCCAUAUCCGGGCCCCCACUUCGCCGGCGAGCCCCAGCCCAUCAGCCUCUCGAGCCCCGGGACCACGACGACGGCGGGCGGCACGCCUACGACCAUGGCUCAGCACGCGCACCACCACGCGCAGCAGCACCACCACCACCACCAACACGCGCACGGCCAGCAGCAGAACGGGGCGGGGGGUGGCGCAUACCCGGCCAUCAUCGAUCCCACCCUCGACUGGGGCGACCCGUUCGGACUGAGCGCCAGCAUGGCCUUCCCCACGCAGUUCUCGUUCGACACCAGCAACAUGAGGUGA